UGUCGCCCCUGUUCUCCCUCCUCCGUACAGCGGUGGAGAGACUGAUGCCUUUCAGCGCGGCUGGAUGGUGCAUGUGUGUACUUGUCAUAGUAGAGUAGCCAGGCUGUUCGGUUGGGGCUCUAAAUUGACUAUCUCUUCUCCGGCUGUGGCCUUUCCUGUAGUUAAACAUCUGUUCACCGAUCGUGUCCAUCUGUAGCUCAAGAGUAAUGUUCUUUGUACACCAGCUGUAGCCUGGACCCGGCAAACCUGCAGCAAGAUGAGCUCGGAGGAUCGCGGCUCAGCCAUGUCACAGAAGAUCUCCUCCCUGUCACGCAGCAACAGCAGCUCUUCAUCCAAACAUGACAGCCGACAGGACAGCUGGGAAAUAGUGGAAGGCCUGCGUGGAAGCUUCAGCAGUGUCCAGGAGCCUCAGAAACAGGAGGGCUACAUGAUGAAAAGAAGAAAGUGGCCAAUGAAGGGCUGGCACAAGAGAUACUUUUUCCUGGACAAGGGUAUCCUAAAGUAUGGCAAGUGCAGUGCUGAUAUUGAGAAAGGGAAGCUGCAUGGUUGCAUUGAUGUGGGUCUCUCUGUCAUGGCCAUUAAGAAGAAGGCCAAGUGCAUCGAUCUUGAUGCCGAGGAAAACAUCUAUCACCUGAAGAUUAAGUCUCAGGAGCUGUUUGAUGAAUGGGUAUCCAAGCUGCGUCACCAUCGUCUUUAUCGGCAAAAUGAGAUUGCCAUGUACCCUAACGAGAAGUCCUUGUUCUAUCCCCAUUAUGCCUCCCCGAACUCCCCUGGCAUCGCCGAGGGGCCCCCUAUUAGAAAGUGCCUGACUAUACGAAGGCAGUCCACAGUGCAUCAUGCCGCAGCUUUCCCUUUAAACUCCAACAGCCAAGCAAAGGUAGCUGCCUGGCUCCAGUCAUCUGACGAAAUGGACAAAUGCUUCAAAGUCCUUAAUCUGUGGAAAUGCACUCUUCCUUGUGGUAGAGUGUAUCAUGAUGCUGCUGCUGCCAUGGCUGGUCUGUUUGACUUAUCAGUAUGUGAGGCCUAUCUCCUAGAGCUUAACCACCUGCUUCAGAGUAUGGAAGUAAUUCACCGGACUUAUUCUGCUCCAUCCAUCCAAGCACUGCAGACGUCUACUUUUGACAGCCCCAAAAAAGAAAAGAGACUUCCAAAGAAGUGGCGCACUAAAAACUACAACAAAGAUGUCAAAACAACUCUGCAGGUACCGAGCUGCAUCUCUUCUGGCUCUGUCCGCCUCCAUGCCUCAAACCCCAACCUAUCCACUGCUGCACUGAGCAAUGAUAAAGCCGAUCCUGAAUCCCUGGACUCCCCUUUUGAUGUGGCCAAGCUGCAAGAAGACUUCUGUCGUGUUGCCACCAACUUGCAUACAACCAUGAAGGCAGCCCUGAGCACACUGACAUCAGAGAGAGAGAGAUUAAAACAAUGCCUGGAUCACGAAACCUGCCCCCCCACCUCUCCACAAGUUGUAAAUCUGAAGAACACGCUGGCUGCGGCUUUAGCCCAGAACUCAGAGCUGAGAGAACGCCUGUGCAAGAUUCAUGCUGAGUCCCAGAUCAUAGAGCCCACACUAAUAACGCUCACUGCCCCUGUGCAGAAACAGGAAUCUGUAGAUGAAGCCCAUCCCCUCGUACACCAAGUAUCCAAUGAGAGCAGAGCUUCAAUCGCGGAGUCUUUGUCCGAGUUCUUCGACGCACAGGAGGUUCUGUUAUCUGCUAGCUCUUCUGAAAAUGAGGUAUCAGAGGAUGACUCAUAUAUCAGUGACAUUAGUGACAACAUUUCCAUGGACAACUUCAGUAAUGAGACCGAAAGUGAAAGACCAAACUCGGGCUCUGUGGAAGAAGGCACUGUUCGUUAUCGCCGUAGAUCCUGUCUGCCCACACCCAGCCCGAGCAACACCUCCAUCAGCUUGUGGAACAUCCUUAGGAACAACAUAGGCAAAGACCUUUCCAAGGUGGCAAUGCCUGUGCAACUUAAUGAACCCCUCAACACCCUGCAGAGACUGUGUGAGGAGCUGGAGUACAGUGAGCUGCUAGACAGGGCCGCCAACACACAGGACCCUUUUGAACGUAUGAUAUACAUCGCUACAUUCGUUGUGUCCGGUUAUGCAUCCAGCUACUACAGAACUGGGGGAAAGCCUUUCAACCCUGUUCUUGGAGAAACAUAUGAAUGUGACCGGCCGGAUAAAGGCUUACGAUUUGUUGCAGAGCAGGUCAGCCAUCACCCACCAAUCUCAGCUUGCCAUGCAGAGUCUAAAAAUUUUAUGUUUUGGCAAGACGUGAGGUGUAAGAACAAGUUCUGGGGAAAGUCAAUGGAGAUUGUUCCUGUGGGGACCACUCAUGUAACUCUGCCAGGAUUUGGAGACCAUUACGAGUGGAACAAAGUGACCUCUUGCAUCCACAACAUUCUCAGUGGGCAGCGCUGGAUCGAGCACUAUGGGGAGAUCACCAUCAGAAACUCCAGCAGUGAUAUUUGUCAGUGCAAGAUCACUUUUAUUAAGGCCAAAUACUGGAAUUCGAGUGUAAAUGAGAUAGAGGGCACUAUCACAGAUAAUAAAGGAAAGGUUAUCCACCGACUCUUUGGAAAGUGGCACGAAGCGGUUUUCUGUGGAGACCCGCCUUCAGCUACAUGCAUCUGGAGAGCAAAUGCAAUGCCAGUAGACCAUGAGCAGUACUAUGGCUUUACGAAGUUCGCAAUUGAGCUGAACGAGUUGGACCCAUCCCUGAAACUGCUGCUACCACCUACAGACACUAGACUACGAGUGGACCAAAGACUGCUGGAGGAGGGGAAGUUGGAGGCUGCAGAGGAGCAUAAGCAGAGGAUUGAACAGCUGCAGAGAGACAGACGGAGAGUCCUGGAAGAGAACAAUGCAACACAUCAGCCUAAAUUUUUCAGGAAGGCACAGGACGAUACCUGGGUGAGCAACAACACGUACUGGGAGCUGAGGAAAGACCCUGGCUUUGCCCAUGUAGAUUUUCCUACACUGUGGUGACCGUGCGCUGCAGAUCAUACAAACAUUUGGACCUGCACAGCCUCUACUGUGACUUGUGAUCCAGACUGGUUCUGGUGAUGUCUGUAUCUCAUUCUGACCAUCCACAUUCUGUACUGGAGUUCAUCAGAGUUAUUGCCUUAAUAGCAAGUGCUUAUCUGAGUUGUAUAAACACAUUUAUGCAAACAUAUUAUGAGAAUGUUGCUCAAUUUGCAGUAGGCCAAUUUAAUUCUUUUGCCUGCAUUCCACAUAUUAUGUUGUGCUAAACCACUUAAACUAAGAAAAGGAAAGCUCCUUGGUAUGUAGGAUGAGAAGAAGAGUUUCAUAGUUUAUCUACACUAGCUUAAAAUGUACUGAUCAACUGGUUAUGUUGGUUGUUGUCUUACCAUGGACAUUCUCUACCUCUGAGAUGAACUAGCCUCGCUACGCCACUGAUUCAGUGUAAACAUCAGAUAUUUAUUCUGCAUCUGCCUGAUGCCUUAAUGGUUGUACUCAAACUCGUUUAAUUUAUUUUGUUGUACCUGCCAAAUGUUUAAAAAAAAAAGCAAAAGUCUAUGUUUUGUAAGGAAUUCUUGCAAACAAAAUAUUGUGCAAGCGAUCUCCGAAUCCUUACCGAAGUAAUUUUUCUGUCUGUUAUGAGUAAUUACUGCUUUUCGCUAUGAAUGUGUGAAUGAUUGUGCAACUAUGAGCAGCUGUAGCAAACUCAGUCAUAUCUUUUUCACUUUAUUCAGCACACCAUUGUCUAUAUGGACCCUGGGCUGUGGGACCAAAAAAAAAAGAAAAGAAAUGUCCAAAAACUAUGCUCCAUGAGCUCAAAUAAAAUUUCUGAUUGUUUU